CGUACUAAGCAUGUAGAUAUCUACUAUCACUACGUCAAGGAGCGUGUCUGUAAUAAUCAUCUCACAGUUAAACAUGUCUGCACAACAGCUAUGACUACUAACAGCCUUACUAAACCUCUUGAUCGCGUAGCUUACGAGCGAUUUCUCUGUUAA